UUGUCCGUUCUAGGCUUCCGUUUGCAUCUUGUACGCUUACGUAAAUGUUUUGUUAUACGGUCAUUUGAGCUUUGCACGAUGUCUGAGUAUUCGCAUGUGAAAACAAGUAAACUUGUGCUAAAAGGAUCAAAAGACAAAAGUAAGAAAAAGAAGCAUAAAGAUAAGAAGAGAAAGCGUGACAAUGAAGCAGAAAAAUUGGAUAUCGUUGGUGGUUGGUGGGUCAUAAAAAAAUUUGGCGACAUCACAGGAACUGUAGCUGUAGAGAUGAACAGUAAUGCCUAUGUCCAUGCCUUAGAUACCGGACUGUUUACUCUUGGAGCACCACAUGGAGAUGAUGAAGGCCCUGAUCCUCCAGAACAGUUCACUGCCAUUAAACUAUCAGAUACCAGAAUUGCACUGAAGUCGGGCUAUGGCAAGUACCUUGGUAUAAAUUCAGAUGGACUUGUUAUUGGACGCUCAGAUGCAAUUGGAUCCAGAGAGCAGUGGGAACCUGUUUUUCAGGAUGGUAAAAUUGCUUUGAUGGCUGCAAAUAGUUGCUUUGUUUCCUAUAAUGACGAUGGGGAUAUAGUUGCUAAAAAGAAGGCUGCAGGAGAUGAGGAAAUGAUAAAGAUCCGCUCUUGUGCUGAAAGGGAAGCAAAGACAAAAGAAGGAAUUCCAGAUGAAGAUCUGGGGAAUGUCAAGAACUGUGAAAUCAAUUAUGUAAAGAAGUUUCAGAGUUUUCAGGAUCGCAAACUACGAGUAAAUGAAGGGGCCAGUGCAUCACUAAAGAAGGCAAGGAUAGAAGGACAUUUUCAUGAGACAUUAUUAGACAGGAGAGCCAAGAUGAAAGCAGACCGCUACUGCAAAUGAAAAACAAAAAAAUCUAUUUUUUUGGUUUCAACCACCAAACCAGAGUUUUUUUUUUGUUUGUUUGUUUUUUGUUUUUUAAGAAUAAUGUACAGUCUUAGAAUAAAACUAUGUGUUGUAUGCAAUCCUACAUUGUGCAUUCAACAUCCAUGCUUUUCAAUUACUUCAAGUCCCCUUUAAGCUUUUUUCAGGAGUGGGAAUAGACUAAAAUUGUCUGGGAGCAAGCCUGCAGCUACUGGAUUUAACACGUCAUAUGGUCUCUCCUGUGUGACAAGCUGCAGGCAUUAAAUGUAACGAGCACCUCAUCAGGUUAACUUAGUGUGAAUUACAAUGUUAAAGAUGACGUAUGAAAAGAAAUAAAACACAUUUAAUAGGAUUAACACAACAUAGAAAUGCAUGAAUGUAUUUAACUGCAGAAAUUGAGUAAUGGCAAUGUUUUCCAUUCAUUUUAAACUAUAAAAGAUUAUUACAAAGUA